CUUUUCCUCCCUCUUUCAUUCUCACUCUGUCUCUUCCUCGGCGCCGGCAGCGUUUCAGGCUUUCCCUCCUUUUGUGUGUUUUUUAAUGGCCCUCCGAGCUUCGGUCACAUUUACCGGGACGUUUCCACUCGUCCUUUCGCCAAAAUGACGGUUUGCGGCGAUCAGCGCGCGCUCGGGCGACUUCACGAGACAUCGAGGGAGUCCGAGCAGCUGGGAUAAGUCACUGGUGCUAUGCUGCGAACUCCGGGACGGACAGGAGUUCGGGUUUCCCCAAAUAUCAGCAGUUUCCACGCAGACAUGGAUCAAAGCCAUUGGUUUGCAGUCUGAACGCAGCAGGUGAGCUCGGGCCUGGGAAACCUGCACACACAGCUCUGCCAGCUUCGUUGAGCCAUUGCACAAGGAGAAAGCACAGAAAUGACGGACAGGAUGAGCGUCAGCACACCCAAAGUCAACCCUCUGCCCGCCGCGGCCCCGGUGCUCCCCCCGGAGCCCAUCGACAUCAUACGCACCAAGGCCCGCUCCCGGCGGGUCAGACUCAACGUGGGAGGCCUGACACAUGAAGUCCUAUGGAGAACGCUGGACAGGUUGCCCAGAACUCGGCUCGGAAGGCUAAGAGACUGCAACACCCACGAAUCCCUGCUGGAGCUGUGCGAUGACUACAGCCUGACGGAGAACGAGUACUUCUUUGACCGGCAUCCCGUGGCCUUCUCCUCCAUCCUCAACUUCUACAGAACAGGAAAGCUGCACAUGAUGGAGGAGAUGUGCGCUCUGUCCUUCGGCCAGGAGCUGGACUACUGGGGCAUUGAUGAAAUCUACCUGGAGUCGUGCUGCCAGGCUCGCUACCACCAGAAGAAGGAGCAGAUGAAUGAGGAGCUGAGGAGGGAGGCGGAGACUCUGAGGGAGAAGGAGGGGGAGGAGGAGGAACACGGCUGCUGUCCCGACAAGAGAAAGAAGCUCUGGGAUCUGCUGGAGAAACCCAGCUCGUCUGUGGCUGCAAAGAUCCUGGCCAUGAUCUCCAUCCUGUUCAUCAUAAUUUCCACCAUCUCGCUGUCUCUCAACACUUUGCCAGAGCUGCAGGUGGUAGAUGAGUUUGGCCAGUUCAAUGACAACCCCAGCCUGGCUCAUGUGGAGGCCAUCUGCAUCGCCUGGUUCACCAUGGAGUACAUGCUGCGCCUGCUCUCAGCGCCCAACAAGUGGGACUUUAUCAAAGCGCCACUGAACAUCAUUGAUUUACUGGCUAUACUUCCUUACUAUGUGACUCUCUGCCUGACGGAGUCCAACAAGAGUGUGAUGCAGUUUCAGAAUGUGCGUCGUGUGGUCCAGAUCUUUCGAAUUAUGAGAAUACUAAGGAUCCUGAAGCUGGCCAGGCACUCAACAGGACUUCAGUCUUUAGGCUUUACUUUGCGAAGGAGCUACAAUGAGUUGGGUCUGCUGAUCCUCUUCCUAGCUAUGGGCAUCAUGAUCUUCUCCAGCCUGGUGUUCUUUGCUGAGAAAGACGAAGAUGCCACCAAAUUCACCAGCAUCCCUGCCUCCUUCUGGUGGGCCACUAUCACUAUGACCACAGUCGGCUAUGGAGAUAUCUACCCACAAACGCUGCUGGGCAAGAUUGUUGGCGGACUCUGUUGCAUAGCGGGAGUAUUAGUGAUUGCGCUUCCAAUCCCAAUCAUUGUCAACAACUUCUCCGAGUUCUACCGAGAGCAGAAGCGACAGGAGAAGGCUAUCAAGAGGAGGGAAGCCCUUGAAAGAGCAAAACGAAGUGGAAGUAUUAUUUCAAUUAACCUUAAGGAUGCGUUUGCACGAAGCAUGGAACUCACAGACGUAUUAGUGGAAAAGAGGGAGGAAAGUAAAUGUCCUAUGGACAACAACCUGUCCCCCAGUCGCUGGAGCUACCACAAACACUUCUCCAACGCAGAGGUGGAAAGCCCAGAAAGGUCCCAACAGUCUCACUAUCAGGAGGUGGCUCAGCUGGGCUCUCCUGAACGAGCCAGGUCCUCAUACAACACAACUAGUCCCCAGAAGCAGGAGUUUGCUCUCAACAAGGCAGCGGCCUUCCAAGAGCAGAAGGAGAAACUGAUGAAAGAACAGAUAGAGAUGAAAACACUGGUUUCCAGCAAAAGCCAGCAGACGUCCCCUAAUGUCAGCGCCGUACGAAAGUUCUCUAGUGGGGCUGAUGAUUGUUUGUUGGAUAAAGGGGAAGGAUGCUCCCUUCUCCCAUGUGUUCAGAGUGGCCACACUGGGGCAAGACAACAGCGUAUCCCCCCUCCCCUGGAUCUAAGUAAGAUCAGCACCAUAGAGGUCAGCAGGGGCCCUGACAGCAUCCAACCAAUGACCAUCAUCAAGGAAGGCUUGUAUGAGUUUGUGUCCCCCAGAGGAAGUGCUACAGGUGACAUGGGUUUGUUACCACAAAGUGCAGAAAGCUGUGCAGUCACCUAUGACAGUGUCUGCAGCUCCUUGCACGAUUACAGCAGCCCUCAAAACACAAGAGCACUCAAGGUCGACUUCAUUGGAUCCCAAGAUGACGUGCUCAUGGCAGUGAUGACGCCUGUGGCAACACCAGCUUCUGCUGACUCAAGCAAACUUGCUCAACUUCUUUCUGAUGACAUAGUUUCCCGGCUUUCUUUGUCUCCUAGAUCAGCAACACAGGAAGCUAAGUCCCCGUUGGCAACUUUAAAAUCUCCAACUCUGGGCCAACAAUCUGUCAGUACAAGCAACCCCAGUGGGGGAGGUGAGGGCUCAGUGGCCAGGAGCUUAGAAGGUGAAGGGCAGCUCACAGACUUAAGCCACCAGGGAGCAAAUCACAUGGAAAGGUCUGCUGUUGGCUCAGGCAGUGGUGCUAGCCCACUGUCAUCCAAAGCCAGCCCGCUCAACUGCACUCAGGACCUGGUGGCCUUAGAAGGAGCGGGAGAGGACGGAGGAGGAGGCGAUGCAGCAGAGCGGAGUGGAGAGAUGCUGGACAACCACGUUGAUGGGGAUGGAAGCCUGACACCGCGCGUUGAGACAAGCAUGUAAAACCAAUGGGACGGGGAGCUACCCACAACCACCUAUGACUGACCACUGGUCUCUGUGGGCUCUGCAGCUGUUGAUGAGGACCCUGUGAAAUAAAGUGAAAGCGCUUGUUGUUCUGGAGAGAUGAACAUAUGCCACACGCCACAGAACCUUCGGCAGUGCAGCGAACAGGUUUGAGGUGAUACAUGGUUACUGCACACAGUGGGGAGUCACUGUUUGGUACCGACGGAUCCCGUCAGGCUCAUGUGAACUCGACAAAGCCUUGUGUACAUUAGCAGUUGGCUAAUGCUAAUGAACCGAUUACACCACUGACAGGCAGGUGAAAUAGUAUUUUUUUAUAUUCGUACUACUGCUACUUUUGAAUAAAACACAAGUUUUACUGAUAUAAAAAGGGUCCAGGUUGUGCUGCUGUAUUGAGACCCAGAUGAAGCACAAAAGCACAACCAGGGCAGCAGGAAGUGUACAUGGAUCUGCUGUGUACCUUCUUUAUGUGAAGCAGGGUCUGGAGAGUGUAAGGCGUUUUCGCUGCAGGACACAACACCUCGGCCUCACAGACACGGUGAAAUCACCUGCUUAUGCAGAUACUGAGAAAGGGAAGCGCACAAGUUGGUCGGUUCCAGCUCAGGGGCCCUCGUUCAGUGGCACGUGCUUCUACGGCCUCUACCAAAGAAAAUAAAUUUCCAUGCUUUACCAUUAAUUGAUAUGCUUUAUAGUGUGUUGGAGUUGGCAAAGCGCACACAAACGGCCCGUCUGGUCUCCGUGAGACUACGGUGUCAUUACACAAGGUUAAUGAGUCCAAUAACUACGUUAACAGCGGAGUUCCCGUUUGACAGUCACUAGCAUUAUAAGGCCUCUGUCUGUCUGGUGUGGGAGCAGACAUGAUGAUUCCACAAAUUCAAAAGAAGAAAGAUCAGGGCGGCGACGGUUCAGUCCGAUGAUCAGCAGCAACAUCAAAAGCAGCUGGACUGAUUUGGCUCAUCGUUGGACUGGAUGUGUCUCAGCAGCUCAGUCAGUUGAGUUCCAAGGAAGACGGAGACCGCGCUUGAAACAAGAUCAGAUGGUUACAGGACGAACUGUGCUUUGACUGAGUAGGUGCAGGUUCACCCUCGUGGCCUUCCACUGUACCGAGGCUACACUUGAAGGAGGUGGCCCUGGACUCGUGUGUGGGGUGCCCUCUGCAGGCUCACUGACGGGGUUGGAACAAAAGACCUGAUGCCUCUGCAGCAUGUCAGCGUCUCCACAGACGAGCUUUGCUGACAAAGAAACAUGUUUAAUGAUGUACAUUAUGAGCAUUAGGGGAGCGUACAGUUCUAGACCAAUCAGGGACCGUGCUGUAGCCGCGUCCCCAGGUAUAAUAUUCUCUCACUGUAGACCUCACAGUCUCUCGUCUCACUUAAACCCGAUGAACUGCAUUUUUAUAAAAGAACGCCGGAGCUUCGUGUUGUUAACAUCAGUAUCUUUUUUUAAUUGGGUGCCUUUUCAUAAAUAGACCAUUUAUGAGAAGGUGGAAAGAACUUGCACCAAUCUUUUGUUUUAUGUUUCUGUGUAGUGAUUGUGUCAAAGUGCAGAAACUUACUGUACAUGAUCAGGUUUUGCUUCAACUCUACUGUACGGUUCUUUUAGCCACAUCUCAUUUUUCUACAUGGUCAUUUCAUGGUGGAAGGCAGAGGCUGCUAGAACCAUCUCGGUGCAACAUGGGCAUGAACUGCCGCUUUUCAGCAGGACAACGGAAGGUGCCACAGCAGGGGGCCAGUCUGCAGGGUGGGAGGGAGCUACAGUACCUCGCCCAUGGAGCGAGGCUGGGUCCCCCCCUCCUCCUCCCUCCACUCUCCAGUGACCCAACCACCGUGGUUCUGGUUCUUCAGGUGUGAAUCUGGAAUCGAAUACGUCGCAAAUAUGUCCAAAAGCUGUACACAUCACAGAAGCAAGAAAAGUAAACUGAAAACUUAUGUUGCCUGGGUCCAGUAGUAAGUGUAGGUGCCACUGAAUAAAACCUGCUAACACAAUGUUCAUGUCUGAGACAGGAAGGUAGUUGGUUUACCUGAGGUGCAAGGGACCUCAAAUGAUUAAUAUUUUGUACCUAUACUUAAUGUAAGUCUACGCACACUGGUCUCAUUCAAUCCAAUUCAACACUUUUUAAAGCUUGUAACCUCUGGGUUUUUGAUGUGGAUAAAGGAAGUGGGAGGAGUCAGUGGAUGUGGAUGGUACCUGGAGCCUCCAUGCCGCUCCUCCUUCCACCAGCAUACGUUGUUAAGUGUGUCCUUCCUGGGCGACUUGUGAAGUGGCCUUGGGCUUUCUGGGGGCAGAAGGAGCUGACUCAGCAGCUUUGUCUCCAAAUCAGCCAAUCACAUCGUGGCCCCUGGUUCGGCCAGACAAACCCAACGUGAUAUUCACCACAAAUGUUUGGAUGUUCAGAAAGUGGAAGCCAUUUUAAAAUAUCAGCAUUAAAUAAAGAAUGAACUUGGGCCAUUCAAGCUAAAUGUCAGUCUUGAGCUCUCAUGACCUGGUGGUGGUGCACAUUCUGAAUCAGUUUUCCGCUGCCUGGCUGUCUGUUUCCUCAGAAUUUUUAGCUGCCAUUAGGAACCAGGUCAACACUCUCCUGUACAAACGCUGCUCUCCGUGUAGACCACGCAUGCUUGUCAGAAUCAUUUAGCAGAUUCGUAACUAAGACAAAGACCGAAAUCACCAGACAGAUGAAAAGACUGCCUGCACGUUUUCAUUCGCUUCUUCAAUGUUCCACUUUUUCACCCUUGUCUACUUUGUUUGAUCGACAGUAGCCUGUGUGAUGAUUAGUCAGAUUCAUGUAAUUAUUUAUUUCAACAUUGUGAUAGUGAACAAUUUGAGGACUUUUAAAUCAGUUACCAAAAUGCAAGACAAAUAAAUGUGUUAAUGUGACCUUCCUUUGCCAUCUCCUGUUUGUCUCCUACAUUAUCUACUGUAAAUGUUGUGUGUUUUGUUAUCAUCUCUACAGUUGGAAAUGAACAAUAUCUUUGAAGGGGACUGGAAACACUUUUGAUGUUAACUGCACCCCUUACAGUGUGUGAAUGUGGAUGUGGGAAAGACUAGAAGCAGCCACUGGUGUAACAGCAACGUCGGCCAUAAGAUUGGAGUACAGUAUAUACCGCCGUCCUCAGAGCAGGAGAGACGACAAGCCACCAUGUAAAUGGACCAUUCCAGGUGCUAACAGCUGGUCAGCAGGAGGGUGCGACUCCCAGCUGUCAAACAGCCGUCUGCGCUAAAAGGCUAUAUUUUAUUAUUUAUUUAAACCAGGUUAUACAGAUAUUUAGCUUUUAAAGAUAAUUACUUGUUAUAU